UGUAGUGCAGUGUAGCUGGAGCAGCUUUAGUUUAUUACAGUAUAAACACACGGUCGGUUUUUGUCAUGUUUAAGUGUAACGCGGUCUGGAAUAAACUCGCUCCGGUAGCGCGAGCCUCAACCACUCUGUGUCGCCAGACCGGGAAGAGAGCGCUGCUGAGACAUGAGAGGAGGCCGGCGUUCAUCCCACAGGCCCACAUGUCGUCAGGGCCGCUGGGUGGAGGUGGAGAGAACGCCGCCUACCUUGUGCUGGUGGGAGCUGUGUGUCUGGGCGGAGGCGUCUACGCGUACCGGACCGUCGCACGAGACCGCGAGAGGUACAACGAACGAAUGACCGAGAUGACCAACAGGUCAAAGAAAACAUCAGAACCAGCAGCAGCAGCUGCGUUUGUAACGUCAGAGCCGGCGAGAAAAGAUAAAACAGAGUCAAAACCAACAAAAGAACCCGUGGAGGAGGAUAUCUCAGAACCUUCGGUAGUCAAAAUCGUUGAAGCUGUUGAAGAACCUUCUGUAACGGAAGCAGUACCGGAAACAUCUCCAGAACCUCCUGUAGAAGAAUCAAGAGUGGAAGAAGUUCAUUUGGAAGCGUCCGCUCCGGAUCCCCCUGCAGUCGUUGCGAGUGAGCCGGCUCCUGACGCGGUCGCCGAAAGUGUCCCCGAGUCUCCACCGGUUACCGAACGUGCUCCUGAACCGGCUCCCGGCGCUGCACCAGUAGAAGCACCCGCCCUCCCCGAGGUCCCAUUGGUCCCCGCACACGCCCCCUACCUCCUGAUCGGUGGAGGCACGGCUUCGUUCGCAGCAGCGAGGUCCAUCCGGGCCCGUGACCCCGGUGCCAGGGUUUUGAUAGUGACGGAGGAACAGGACCUGCCCUACAUGAGGCCUCCUCUCUCUAAAGAGCUCUGGUUCUCCGACGACCCCGCGGUUACAGAGACCCUUCGCUUCAAACAGUGGAACGGCAAAGAGAGGAGUGUUUAUUUCCAGCCUCCAUCGUUCUACGUGAGCCCCGGCGAGCUAGACGCGGUGGAGAACGGCGGCGUGGCCGUGCUGACGGGCAGGAAGGUGGUGCACAUGGACGUCAGGGAGAACAAGAUCAGACUGAGCGACGGGGUCGAGAUCUCCUACGAUAAAUGCCUGAUUGCUACGGGCGGAGUUCCCAGGAAUCUGCAGGUGAUUGACAGAGCCAGCGAGGAGGUGAAGAAGAGGACGACGCUCUUCAGGAAGGUCGAGGAUUUCAGAGCGCUGGAGAAAGUUUCCCGAGAGCUCCAGUCCAUCACCAUCGUCGGGGGCGGAUUUCUGGGCAGCGAGCUGGCCUGUGCCCUGGGCAGAAGAUCUGCUGAUCUGGGCCUGGAGGUGAUCCAGAUGUUCCCAGAAAGAGGGAACAUGGGUAAAGUUCUCCCCGAAUACCUCAGCAACUGGACCACAGAAAAAGUGAGAAAAGAGGGCGUGCAGGUGCUGACCGAAGCCGUGGUCAAGAACGUCGGCUACAACGACGGAAAGGUGGAGAUCAAGCUAAAGGACGGGCGAGUGGUGAAGACCGAUCAUAUUGUCGCCGCCGUGGGUUUGGAGCCCAGCAUCCAGCUGGCGAAAUCGGCCGGCCUGGAGAUCGACUCUGAUUUCGGAGGGUAUCGGGUCAAUGCCGAGCUGCAGGCGCGAUCCAAUAUCUGGGUGGCUGGAGAUGCUGCAUGUUUCUAUGACAUUAAGCUGGGCCGGAGGCGAGUGGAACAUCACGAUCAUGCGGUGGUCAGUGGCCGACUGGCUGGCGAAAACAUGACCGGAGCCAACAAACCCUACUGGCACCAGUCCAUGUUCUGGAGUGAUCUGGGCCCUGAUGUAGGAUAUGAAGCCAUCGGUAUAGUAGACAGCAGCCUCCCAACUGUUGGGGUGUUCGCAAAGGCUACAGCCAAGGAUACGCCCAAAGCAGUGACCGAAGAGUCAGGUACCGGGAUCCGGUCCGAGAGUGAGACGGAGGCGGUCGCCGGGCCGCUCUCCAUAGGUACGGUGACUCCCGCCCCACCCACACAGCAGGAGAGUUACGGUAAAGGCGUGGUCUUCUACCUGAGAGACAAAGUGGUGGUCGGUAUGGUGCUGUGGAACGUCUUUAACAGGAUGCCCAUCGCCAGGAAGAUCAUUAAAGACGGAGAAGAGCAUGCUGAUCUGAACGAGGUGGCCAAGCUCUUCAACAUUCACGAAGACUAAACACACACACACACACACACACACACACACACACACACACACACACACACACACUGGUUGCAGCCUGCCUCGGCCUCGAACUCGAACUCUCUCAGACCUGCGUUUCUGCCUCCAGGCCUGCGUGUGGCGCUGUAGCCAAAGCUCACGAAUGGACUUGUGAAAUCAGCACAGAUUAGUACCUGCUGGUGAAAACCUGUGGUUUAUACGGGAUCAUUCUGUAUGUUUUCUAAUAAGGUCAGUAAAUGUAUAUUUGCAACGUGUGAAUGUUUCAUCUCUGCCGUCCCUUUAUUUUUUGAAGAAGAAGAAGAAGAAGUCUGAACUGGAAAUCGUACAGACUGUCGCCCCAAAGGGAGGGAGGGUCGACGGGGGUUCCUCAUCGGUGCUGCAAAUGCAGCCUGUGCAAGACGGGGCGGUGCAAGAGCAAAGGAGGAAUUAAAAAGAGCUAGAUCGGAACAAAAAAAACUGGAACAUUAGGAGGAAAAUGCAACAAUAAAAUAUAUAUAUUUUAAAAA